UCUGUUUUUUUCCUUUGGCGGGAAACGGAGCGAGCGAGCGCCAUGCGCCCGGGGUCCAUCCGUACUGCUGGCAGCACCGUGGUCAAACCACGCGCCCGAGAAGCCAAUGAGCCAAGCCCGCUGGAAGGCUUGGAGCAAGAGGUGGAGGCCAUGCGAAAAGCCGUGGAAGCCGAGCAGGCGGAAGUGGCCUCCCUGUCGGCCAGCCUUGGGGAACUCUUCAUGCGCAACAGCUGUGAGGAGUACCUCAACCAGCUGGAGAAGCGGAUCCAGGUCAUUGAGAACCGGCAGGUUGAAGUCGUUCACUGGCGGAUCGAAAAGGCGGAGGAGUUGAGAGCACAGCACCAGAAGGGCGACUUCGUGGCCUCAACCGAGUUCUCCGCCGGCGGGUUGGGGGGCUUCCGCUUCCAUUUCUACCCCCGAGGUGACGACUUCUGCGAAGAGGGCUACUGCUCCUUGUACCUCCACGUUCCCAUGGACACCACAGUGAGCCGCACCCUCUUCGUGGGCCGCGCCCGGCACGGCCCGGCGGAAGCCGAUGCCCUGAAGAACUCGGGGGUCUCGGAGAUGUGUGUGAUGUCGAACCAGAUUGAUAAGGACACCGGCAGCCUGGUGAUAGGCGUGGAGGGCCUGCAGGUGCUCAGCUCACCACAUCUGGUGGAGACGAGGACCAAGAUCCAGCUGCUCUCGUAGUGUCUGAGCCGCACCCGCCGAAGGCGCUCCUUGUGUAGCCUAAGGUGUGGUCCCAAGUGAACACUGCCGAACUUACUUUUAGGCGUGGUUCCCCGCA